UUUCUUAAAACACUGGGAAAUCACUUUACACACGUUUUAUAUUUAAGAUGACAAUUUUGUUGGAUUUUUGUGAAUCAAAAUGCACAAACCAAAUGUCAUAAUAGCGGUCCUGUGGCUCGGGGGUUUAGAGCGUGGCGUUAGCAACGCCAAGGUCAUGGGUCGAUGCCAGGAAUUUUACAUACAUGUCUAAUGGGAUCUGUCUGUUUUUGGACGGACCAGGCUGAAAGCAGUUUUUUAAUCAGAUCAUUUACUAAGAGAAACUAGAGACGAUCAGGGACGUACGUUCAGCGGCAACACACUGGAGAGUUACGGGGACAGGAUCAUUUUACCCCAAAAAUGUGGCAGCUAGACAAAAGCAUCCCAUCCGGCAGGACCUGAGGGACCAGAGGAGGGAGGGGUUACCACGGCGAUGGCAGAAUCCAGGAAACUCGAGAUGACAUAAAAGAAUGCAUUAACAGAGGGAGAAAGAGAGAGGUUUUGGACAGAAGCACAUUGUGUGUGAAUUCUAUCAGGGGCGAAGUUUCAAGAUUGGCAAGUUGUGUGUUAUCCUUGGAGAUAGCCAUUGUUACCAGGACGUUGAAGCCAGGGCCGUGGUCUCAAAGCAUGCUGGGAGGAAAGCGCAUUCCACUGUGUCCACGUCAUUUCGGGGCUUGUGGGUGUCUGGACUGUUCUUGGGAAAACUGGAAGUUCAACUGAUGGAGAAUUCACAGGAGCUGAAUGACCAGAUUCUGAAGAAAUCUACCACCGAUUCGCACGCUCCUGACCCAGUAGACCACAGGGCCUUGGAGAUGCAGGACCUAACAGAUCCACAGCACUCGGUGAACAGUGGCACCGACUGCACCUCCAAACUGGAUAAGAGCAUCCUCAGCAACCACAUCACAUCCAAUGGAACAGGAGGAGAGAACUUGACAAUUCUAAACACAGCUGAUUGGCUGCUGGGCUGCAGUACUCCGCCCACUGCCCCAAUUAAAUCUGAGCCCCUGAACAGCAGCGAGGCUGUGAGCUCAGCGGGAGACACUGUGCUGGACUCUUACACUGGGUCAGUUAUAAGCAGCAGUGGAUUCAGCCCUCGGCCGGCUCACCAGUAUUCACCUCCUCUCUACCCCUCAAAGCCUUACCCCCACAUCCUGUCUACUCCCGUGGCUCCUCCCAUGUCGGCCUACACCGGUCAAUCGCAGUUCAGUAGCAUGCAGCAGUCGACAGUUUACACGCCGUACUCUCAAACUACUCCGCCUUACAGCCUCUCCACCUAUGAUUUGGGAGUGAUGUUGCCAGGCAUAAAGACAGAGACACAGUCAGCCCUCCAAUCAGGGCUCAGCUAUAGCCCUGGAUUUACCACCCCUCAGCCGGGACAGACUGCCUACUCCCCCUAUCAGAUGCCUGCAGGGUCUGGUUUCACAACUUCUCCUGGUCUCUACACAUCCAACAACUCCAAUCCAGGCAACUUCACCACACAACAGCAGGAAUAUCCCUCCUACACAGCAUUCGGGCAGAAUCAAUAUGCUCAGUAUUACUCCACAUCCUCCUACGGUUCCUACAUGACAUCUAACAGCUCAUUGGAUGGCACAAGUUCAGUCUCCACCUAUCAGCUGCAAGAAUCCACCCCAAUUAUGACAGGGCAAGACCUGAAUCCAGGUGAGUUCGAGGCGGGACAGAGCCCGUCUACGCCUGUUAAAGAGAUGGAAGACAGGGCGUGUCGAGGGGGUGCGGCUAAAGCCAGGGGGCGGGGCAGAAAGAACAACCCCUCGCCACCACCUGACAGUGAUCUUGAGAGGGUGUUUGUUUGGGAUCUGGACGAGACGAUCAUCGUGUUUCACUCGCUCCUCACAGGCUCUUAUGCACAGAAAUACGGCAAGGACCCUCCUAUGGCUGUGACCCUCGGUUUGAGAAUGGAGGAGAUGAUAUUUAAUCUCGCUGAUACUCAUUUAUUUUUUAACGAUUUAGAGGAAUGUGACCAGGUGCACAUCGACGACGCCUCAUCUGAUGAUAAUGGCCAGGAUCUUAGUACUUACAGUUUUGCCACUGAUGGCUUCCAUGCAGCUGCAACAAGUGCAAGUCUGUGCCUAGCAACAGGAGUUAGGGGCGGAGUCGACUGGAUGAGGAAGUUAGCAUUCCGAUACAGAAGAGUGAAGGAGAUGUACUGCACAUACAAAAACAAUGUUGGCGGGUUGCUGGGGCCGGCUAAGAGGGAGGCUUGGCUUCAGCUACGGGCGGAGGUGGAGGCUCUCACAGACUCCUGGCUUACCACUGCACUCAAGUCCCUGUCAAUCAUCAGCUCCAGGAGUAACUGCGUUAACGUCUUGGUGACAACGACACAGUUAAUACCCGCGUUUGCUAAAGUGUUGUUGUAUAGCCUGGGCUCUGUCUUUCCUGUUGAAAACAUUUACAGCGCAACCAAAAUAGGCAAAGAGAGUUGCUUUGAACGCAUAAUGCAGAGGUUUGGCAGGAAGGUAGUGUAUGUUGUUAUUGGGGAUGGUGUGGAAGAGGAGCAGGCCGCUGCCAAGCACAACAUGCCCUUCUGGAGAAUAUCAAGCCACUCUGACCUGCUUGCCCUCCACCAAGCACUGGAGUUUGAGUACCUGUAACACUCAACACCUGUAUCAUAGGCCCUUUUUUGUACAACUAUUUAAGAAUAAGAGUACACUGCAGACUCUUUUUAAGCUGUCGUUGUUGUUGUCGUCUUUUUAUUUUUUGAGAGAACUCUGGCUUUGGGAUAAUUCUGCACUGUCUUAAGAAGACUAGGACAGACUGGGAAAAUGGGAUUGUAAUGGUCAAACCAGGCUUGUAAAGAGCUACCUAAGGUCUUACGUCACACACUGCAUUUCAUGUCUGAAUGAGGGGAGUGGAGUAUGCAUUUUGUUCGUUUGAACAGAAUACUUUGACUGCAAGCAGCAUAUACACUCACUCUUCUGCAGGAACAUUUUAUUUGUCUAUACUAUAGACUUCAUUGUCUUCAUCUCCACAAGUGAAGCUCUGUACUCAAUACAAGGAUCAUUUAGAUUAGAUUCAUAACUCAUGUAAAUUAUUUUACAACUAGCUUAAACACUUAAGAAUGCUGUGUGUUUUCACAUGGUAUUGUUUUGAUUGUCUUUUUUGUAUUUUUGUUUUGGGCGAAAAGUCUGUAUAAUUUGUUGUGCCUUAUAAAGUUGUGUGUCAGUUUUUAUUUUGAGAAUGUAGAUAAAAAUGUAAACUUGA